CCUAUCGCACAUUGUGCGCUGUCGCCCGUUUCGUGCCCGUGCCCGUAUGUUCGCUGCAACGUUUGCGUUCGCCUGUGUUCCCGUUCCGUUCGCAUUCGUGUCAGUCGAGAUUGAGAGUGCGAAUUUGGCCUACAGACCUAAUUUUCUGUCUGCAGCCAAAACAAACCCAAUUAAAUACCGAAAAAUCGCGUUGAAAUUAAAGUGAACUAUUUAAAUAAACUAAUAAACAAGUGCUACGCAAUGUGAGGCGACAAUUCGAUGAGCGCAUACAAUACAAAAUACGCAAUAAAAAAGUAGGAAAUCGUUUUCUUCGUCACUUCAUUAGUGUGAAUUGUGCGAAUUGCACAAUUGUAGCGAACUUUUUUUUGCUGCUUCCACUUAUAUCAAAAAAAGUACACAAAUUGAAGCAGUGAAGUUGAAAUGCCUGGUGCUUAGGUGGCGGAGUGCGGCGGAGUGUGUUAGUAAGGAAUUAUCGCGUACGCGUUCGGGAGCAACCGCGAAGUGCGCGCUACAUAUGUUUGAGUGUGUGUGUAUGUGCAUGGCAAGUAGUUGGUGUUGCGAAUAAUGUGCAUUGUUGUUAUUGUAUCAUAGCUCCCAUAUACAUACAACUAUAUGUAUGUAUGUACCCCUCCCACAGCCACAAACGCAUUCUGUGCUUCCAAGCGCUGACAUACCAUAUGUAAGUACAUACAUAUGUCCAUACAUCGCGCUGUGUGUGCUUGCAGCUGUGUAUAUACGAAGCUCAGACGGGGGGCGACGUCGGACGACGAGCCGAUAACUAGUUGUGACCGCUGCUGCUACAGCUGCAAGAUAUUUUUUGAAUUGGACUGCAAUUUGCAAUGCCAUUCUGGAGCUUUCGCAGCGCUGCGGGAUUAGUGUUCCUAGUAAUUGUGUGCUAAUAAAUCGCUAAAGUAAAGCGAAAAUAAACGCAUAACGCACGUAGCAAAGCGGUAACCAAAGCGGCCAGUGUACAGUGCGCUCGUGAUAUUCAUCCGCCGCGGUGUACCGCAUGUGAAAAAAAUGUGCAUAAUUUAGAUUAGAAAACGGUGUAAAGUGUAUAAGAUCGUAUUAGAUGUGCAAGAGAGCUUCAAUCCAGGCAUGAGUGUGUGAAAAUUAGUGCAAGUUCAUGUGCGGUACUUACAAACACACAUGCAUAUGUACGCUAUAUGAGAAGACAGUGUAUACAGCUAGAAGAACAGAUGUGAUUGCGCUGUAUUCCUGCAGGCAGACAGUCGGUAAGGUGAACCCAAGUAACCAGCACGCUUGGUAGUGUUUUAUAGUGCGACGCAGCAGCACAAUGGUGUGGCCAACAGAACGCGGUUCAAGUGAAAGGAAGAAACAACAACUUGGCUGGUAGGUUGGCUGCUUUGUAUGCUGGUAUUAGCCCUGCUAGAUGCUGUAGCACAAUGUAUAGCCAUAGUAGUGCGGAAAGAUUAUAAGGAAGAGGAAGAGGUGUACGCAUUACCAGCACGUCCGUGUCCGUGUAUAUCGCUAGGCUGCUUUGCAUAAAGAACGUUACGCAGCCGAAGACGAAGCAGACGAAAAAGCAGCGGAGGCAACAUGCACACGUACGAACAAAUGUGUAUUGGAAAAUAGAGGGGUUAGUGCGGAAAUACAAGCCCAUACAUACACACUAAAAAUCACUACCACUAUGGUACAUACACCGACUGCGCUACAUACAUACUGACAAACGCACGGCGAGCUUUUGCAGCCAGCCAGCGCACAGGCGGAAACUGUUGCUUGAAUAGAACGAAGCGUAAAGCAAAGCAAAGCAAAUAAACAUUGUGGUUGCCAAUAAGUGAAUACGAGCGGUGGGAUCGGUGGGAACGGUGGCGGGCAGCGGGCGCACAAUACUAAAAUCCACUAAGCACAUGCAUAUAUGCGCAAACCGUAAGCAUUGCAAAAGCUAGCAGCCAGUUAGUUAGCUAGUCAGUGUGUGUGAGCGAGACGGCGCGUUUGACGCGUAAGUGUGUGCGUGUGUGUGUGCGCGCGAAGCUGAAAGUGGAAGUAGAAUUAGCAGUAGCGCAACUUGUAGUAGAGAAGCAAUUAUGUGUGUACGUGUAUUUGCCUGUUUCACGUUUGUUGUUGUUGCCGGUAGUCGCGCAAUCUAUGUGAAAUAACGUCUGGCCCCCGCUCCCGUGCGCCCCAUUGACGGCGGCACCUUACGUAUUUACUAAGCGGCAGCACGGCAGUCGUCAUCAUUCACUGCCCUUACUAUAACAGCGCUCUACAUAUACGAGUAUACAACCAUCUAAAUGUUAUAUAUUGUGUAUGCUUAAGCUACAUAGAACUCGCAUCGCAUGCUUUUAUUUCGAUCUUGCUCACCACUGUUUAUUCAACAAUUAUUUUGCUACUCGUUUGGCACGAACUUGUAUGUACCUGCGACCUAACAAAUUUACAUGUAACAACAAACCUAAGUUUUAUAAAUUCAAUAUAAGUGUUUCAAGCGCUUCGUCCUGCAAUGGACGGUUACAACGUUCCAAUGUUAUCCGAUAGCGGCUAUAGUAGUAAUAAUAACAACAAUAUACAAACACAUACACAUCAUCACAAAGAUCAAAUGCUUAGCGCUGGCAGUGUCCCAGCCACACCCUUCAUCUACGAACUGCCCGGCAGCCAUAAAACUAUUAGCCAUCAACUGACGGGAAAUCUGAAGACGACCAGCAGCGACUUUGCCACCUUCACCAAUUGCAUACAACAAUCAGCGCUGCUCGAUCAGCGCACAGUUGACGCAGCCAAUAUCGAUGCUGUGUCGCUGGGUAGCCUUUGUGACCUGAAAUUCCCCAACUCACCGACGGCGGAUAGUAGUUUUAAGAAUAUCUCACUCAUCAAUAUCGAGGCUAAUCAUGUGUUGGUGCCAGCGAAAAGCAUCGCCACAAACGAUUUGAUUAACGAUGGCCAUGGCGUUGAGGCGACCUUUUCAAAUAUUUUAUAUGCCAAGGACGAUAUAGUUAUAGAGGCGAAGGAUAUGCCGCGCAGCGACGCCGCGCAGGUGACCCACGUGACGCACUACUUACCCCUGAAACUCAACAAUAAUAAUACCAACAACAACAACAACAACAGCGGUGUUGAGCAUAAAUUUCCAAAGGCCACAGUCACGGUCACGGCUGUGGCUGCAACUGCGCCGACUACUGGCACUACGGCUGUUGCGCCAGCGAUAGCGGUGAGUGUGCCCAAUUCCAGUGCGAUGACUGCCAUGCCGUACAGUACGACGGUCGGGGGUGUGACCGUUGCUGGUGGGGGUGGUAGAAGUAGGAGCAACAGAGGCGGUCGUGGGGCGAGAGGACAUGCCAACAGCCGAAAUGGCCGUGCAACUGCAAAUCGUCAGCAGCAGCAGCCACAACAACACCAACAGCAGUUGCAGCCACAGCCAGCAGAAGCUCUUGGCAGCCCCGGUGUUGCGUCAGCAGGCAGCGACUAUUUGACUACGAAUGCUGGAAAUAAUUUCAAUGUUACGGUAGUUAAUAAUCAGGUCAAUAGUAAUCAUCACAACCACCUAACAGAUAACCAGAUCACAACAACAACAGCAACAACGUCCACAAUUAUAGCCACAGACACUGCCAACAGUAAAGUCACCACACACGGCAUAAAUAAUUUCAUUAGCAACAACAAUCACAUCCAGAAUACUAGCACCAGUAAUAAUGGUAUUGGUAAUGGUAAUGAUAAUAGCACUGGUAUUGUUGUUGUGAACGGUAGUGCUACUAGUAGCAGCAACAGCAACAAUAACAGGUGCAGUAACAACAACAACAACAACAAUAGUUGUAGCAACAAUGUACAAACUAUAAACAGUAUUGCAACAAUGAGCCAAAACCGGGCAACGGUGUUGCAAAGUGUUGAGGAGGUGACCUUGGCCAAUUCACCCCCUCAACGGCCUGGUGCAGUAAUUGUAUCCACAUGUGUUCCCGAAGGCAGCUGCAAUAGCAAUAGUAGUAGUGUCAACAUAAAUCUAAAUAAUACCAACAACAACAAUAAGACUGUUGGCAGUACUACAAUGUCACCAAGUUCCAUAGAUCUGCUAAAAGAAUCGGCACAACAACAAUCACAACCACAACAACAGCAGCAGCAACAACUGCUGAACUCGUCGAGCGUUGAUUGUGAUUCUUUAUCCUCCAUGGAUGAUCUGCUAGACGAUCAGGAGAUUAGCGAAGCCAGUUUCGGUUAUCAAGACAAUACGUCAUCGCACUCGCAGCAGAGCGUUAGUGGUGGCGGCGGUGGCGCUGGUGGUGGCGGUGGUAGCAGCACCAGCAGCAAUGCCACCAAUGUUGUGCUGCUCAAUGGCAGCAGUGCGAAUGCUGCUGGCGGUUAUAUGACUCUCCUGCCACCGGCCACGUCUAGUGGCCAUAUGGGCAUGUCGUCGGGGGGCACUGGUGCUAGCGCUGGUGGCUCCGGUGAGGGCAUCGAUUUCAAGCAUUUGUUUGAGGAAUUGUGCCCCGUUUGUGGUGAUAAAGUGAGCGGCUAUCAUUAUGGCCUGCUGACGUGUGAGUCGUGCAAAGGUUUCUUCAAGCGCACCGUGCAGAAUAAGAAGGUCUACACGUGCGUCGCCGAGCGUUCGUGUCACAUUGAUAAGACGCAACGUAAGCGCUGUCCCUACUGUAGAUUCCAGAAGUGUUUGGAGGUUGGCAUGAAACUUGAAGCCGUGCGAGCGGAUCGGAUGCGUGGUGGUCGCAAUAAGUUCGGCCCUAUGUACAAACGUGAUCGGGCGCGAAAGCUACAAGUCAUGCGGCAGCGGCAACUUGCCCUCCAAGCGCUGCGUACAUCCAUUGGUUCGGUUGAGAUGAAGUCGUCGCCACUCUCGCCGGGAUACCAACAACCAUAUCCGAAUAUGAAUAUAAAGCAAGAAAUUCAAAUACCUCAGGUGUCCUCACUCACGCAGUCACCGGAUUCAUCGCCCAGCCCCAUCGCCAUCGCGCUCGGACAGGUCAACACGAGCGGCGGUGUGAUAUCGACGCCCAUGAAUGGCGGCAACGGCAGCGGCGGUGGCGGAGGAGGAGGCGCUGGUGGCGGCGGUGGCAGCGGCAAUGGCGGCAACACCAGCACCAACAGCAACAAUAGCAAUAACACCAGCAGCGAUGGACUCAACCGCAGUGGCAGCGGCAAUUGCCAUGACACUGGAACUGGAUCUCUGCAGAAUGCGUCCGAGUCGAAAAUGUGUUUCGACUCUGGCACGCAUCCUUCAAGCACAGCUGACUCCAUCAUCGAGCCCCUCAGGGUGUCACCGAUGAUACGUGAUUUCGUGCAAUCGAUAGAUGAUAGAGAAUGGCAGACCCAGCUCUUUGCGCUGCUACAAAAACAAACCUACAAUCAAGUGGAAGUUGAUCUCUUCGAGCUGAUGUGCAAAGUGUUGGACCAAAAUCUGUUCUCGCAGGUGGAUUGGGCUAGAAACACAGUCUUCUUCAAGGAUCUUAAGGUUGACGACCAAAUGAAAUUGCUGCAGCAUUCCUGGUCCGAUAUGCUUGUGCUCGAUCAUUUGCAUCAGCGAAUACACAAUGGUCUACCCGAUGAGACGCAACUGAAUAACGGUCAAGUAUUCAAUCUGCUGUGGUUAGGCCUGCUUGGUGUACCGCAAUUGGCUGACUAUUUCAAUGAGCUGCAAAAUCGUCUGCAAGACCUCAAAUUCGACAUGGGCGAUUAUGUGUGUAUGAAAUUCCUAAUACUACUCAAUCCAG